AUUCGGUGGAGAGUCUUCAAAGAGAGAAUUUUGGGUUAAAGAUUGAUUCGUUAUUUCUGUCUUUCUGCGCAAUUUCUCAUAAAUUGGAUGCGGGUUGCUAUAACUAACAAAAGUUUACCCGGUCCUGAGGCUUUGACCGCCAGAAUGGUGGAUGAGUCCGUUGUGAAGGAUAAUGAAGUUGGUGUAAGUAACAAAAUGAAGGCUGUAUUUUAUGACAAGUGUGGAGGCCCUGAAGUAAUAACCCUUAGAGAGGUGGAUGCCCCCAUAGUGGGGGAUUAUGAAGUAUUGAUCCAGGUUGCUGCCACCACCUUCAACAGGAUGGAUCUUUGGCCACGAUUAGACGAAAAUGAUGAAAAUGAUGCCUCAAAGAAAUAUCCUAUCGGCAUGGAAUGCUCUGGGAAAAUAUUGAGAACCGGGAAAUUUGUGGCCGGAUGGAAGCAGGGUGAUGAGGUUUGUGCUCUCCUUCAGGGAGGAGGAUGUGCUGAUUUAGUGGCUGUACCUGCAUAUCAUAUCAUUUCACCUCCAAAAAAGUUGGAUUUAGCUUCUGCUGCUGCCUUGCCGCGUGCAGCAUGUCUCAUUUGGCAUUGUUUUUUUCUCAUGAACAAGCUUACCAAUGGUCAAAAAGUUUUGAUACAUGGAGGAGCAGGGGGAGUUGGAACAUUGGCGAUUCAGAUUGCGAAGCACUAUGGCUGUCAAGUAUUUGCAACCGCAGGAAGCAAGGAAAGGGUUGAACUUUGUGCAGCAUUAGGAGCUGAUGUUUGCAUUAACCACAAGGAGGAGGAUUUCUCUCAACGUGUAAAAGCUGAAACUAAUGGGGCUGGGGUCAACUACAUACUUGAUUGUGUUGGAGUGAACUUUUUGAACCAGAAUAUCAAAAGCCUCGCGUACCGUGGCAAGUUGAUAAUAAUUGGAUUUGAAGAUCCAUGGGGAUUCGUAAAUUUCAACAGCAAGGCGCUUGAGGAUAUGGAACUUGAAAUUAUGGGUGCAGACUUAAAUACUUUACAUUUGGUUGAAAAAGCAAGGCUACUUCUGCUAGUCAAGAAGAACAUAUGGCCAUUAGUUGAAGUAGGUUCAAUCAAACCGAUAAUUGGCAGGACUUACACAUUCGACAAAGCUGUUGAUGCACAUAGGUUGAUCGAAAAACAUGGCAAUCUAGGAAAGAUCCUGCUAAUUCCUGAUAACACCUAGUUUUCAUUCUAUUUGUAAAGAUCCCAUAUUUAUGGUGAAUUGUGGUGGCUUUUGUAGUUUAUGUUCGCGGUGUUUAAUUGUAGAGUCUGCUCGAUGAUGCCCAGUAGUGUAUAAUGAAAGAUAAAUAACAAAUAAAAGUUACAU